AUGGAUAAACAAAAUUGUCGUCAAUUUCUUCAAAAUCAAAUCGAUUCAAUUGAUGAUGUUGAACAGAGAUAUUUAAAUCCAUUCAGCUGUAAUACAGAUUCUCCUCUUUUCUCCAAACCAAGUCCUUUGGAAUGUUUGCAAAGAUCGUGUAAUAAUAUUUUACAAAACAUAAAUCCUUUGCCAUAUCAUGAAAUUAUAAAUCAAGUUUCAGAUGAUAUUUGUAGUGAUUUUAAUUAUUUCUCCAAUUAUUCAUCAAACUACUCAUGGCUUAAACAAAGACGUAAUACAAAAUUACGUCAGUACAGUUUCCCUGGUUCUUAUUUAUUUCCAUUUUCGUUUGCAUGCAAUUCAUCGUUUAGUUCAGUUAAACGAAACUUGGUUAGAUCCAGGCGAAAGUAUAAAAAAGUUUUACAUUCCAACAAGUUACUUGCAACACUGAACAAUAGAAAGCAGAGAUCGAUCCAAUUAAAAAAUAAAACUUUGAUAAAUGACGAUUCAAAAGAGAAAGACAAAUCAAGAAUUCAGCUAACGUCUGAAUCUCCUCAAAUCAAUGAUGCACCAACUCAAAAAGUAUGUUCAACACAAUCGGUACCAUUGUCAUCUGCUAAUGGUAGUUCAAACAAUUUAAAUAGAAAUUGUACAUGUACCAUUUGUAGUAAAAUACAAAUGUUCAAUAUCUUAUUAACUUCAUGGAGUACACUGAUCAAUUUUGUUCACAAUUUACAAUCUAAUAUGACUUUACAUUCAAAUGAUUUGCAUACAAAUACUCAUGACAAUAUGGUUUGUAAUUUAGACAAUGCAUUAAAACAACAUGAUCCUAUUAUCACUGGAUUAGAAAUAAUUAACGAUUCGUCUAUAUUAACAGUCAAUAAUCAGAAUGAUUCUCAAGAUUCUGACUUAGAAAAUGAUGACUCAUCAUUACAUACCUCCCAAAAACUGAGUUCACCAAAUCACUGA